UAUAGUUACAGUUUACAAUCGUUGACGUUUACUUCACAGCACUACAACCUCUUUCGCGUGUACAGGUGUUUUAAUCUCAUAUUUCGCAUUCAUGUCUCGUUUCAAACGAGGAGCACAUGUGGACUCUAGAGCGGGAUUUAGGCAGGAGAAAGAAGACUGCCCUGUCCCAUAUGGUUUACUGAAAGCUGCUAGAAAGAGCGGACAGCUCAAUCUAUCCGGGCGCGGUCUAACUGAAGUUCCUCAGAGUGUGUGGAGGCUGAACACAGACACACCUCAGGAAGCUCAGCAGAACUUGUCAUUUGGAGCUGCAGAUCGGUGGUGGGAAAAGACAGAUCUGACCAAACUUCUGCUGUCUUCCAACAAACUCCAGAGCCUCUCUGAAGACGUCAAACUCCUCUCUGCCUUGGUUGUCCUGGAUAUCCAUGACAAUCAACUAAGCUCACUGCCAGAUUCUAUUGGAGAUCUAGAGCAACUACAGAAGCUCAUAUUGAGUCUCAAUAAACUGACAGAAUUGCCUUCGGGUCUUUGGCGACUUACAAACCUGCGAUGUCUUCAUCUGCAACAGAAUCUGAUUGAACAGAUUCCCCAGGAUUUGGGGCAGCUGGUUAAUUUAGAUGACCUUGAUCUCUCCAACAAUCAUCUAAUGGACAUUCCAGAAAGCCUGGCGAACCUGAAAAAUCUUGUCAAACUGAAUUUGUCCUGCAACAAGCUCAAGAGUCUCCCUCCUGCCAUCAGUCAAAUGAAAAACCUGAGAAUGCUGGACUGUUCCCGGAAUCAGCUGGAGAGCAUUCCUCCUGUCCUGGCUCAGAUGGAGUCCCUUGAGCAGCUUUACUUAAGACACAACAAGUUACACUUCCUUCCCGAACUGCCCUGCUCAACACUCAAGGAACUCCACUGUGGGAACAACCAGAUUGAGAUAUUGAAGGCAGACCAUUUGAAGCACUUGAGUGCUCUGAGUUUCUUGGAGCUCCGAGAUAACAAGGUGAAGAGCCUUCCUGAAGAAAUAACCCUACUUCAAGGCCUGGAACGCCUGGAUCUUACUAACAAUGAUAUCAGCAGUCUGCCGUGUGGACUUGGCACAUUACCCAAGAUGAAGUCUUUGACUUUGGAGGGCAAUCCACUGAGGGGAAUCCGCAGAGAUGUCCUGACUAAAGGCACUGGUGAACUCCUGAAAUAUCUCAGAAGUCGUGUACAAGAGCAACCAGAUGGGGGCUCGAAAGAAGAGCCAAAAACAGCAAUGACCCUCCCAAGCCAAGCUAAAAUCAAUGUGCAUGCCAUCAAAACUCUCAAAACACUAGACUACAGUGAGAAACAUGAGGCAUCCAUCCCAGACGAGGUGUUUGAUGCAGUUGACAAUAGUCCUGUGGCCAACGUAAACUUCAGCAAAAAUCAGCUGAUGGCAGUUCCAUCCAGAAUUUUGCAGUUAAAGGACACCCUAGCAGACAUUAAUCUUGGCUUUAACAAGCUAACAAGCAUUCCGGUGGACUUUUCCAUGUUGAAACAACUGGUACAUAUAGAUCUCAGAAACAAUCUAUUGAUCUCACUGCCAAUGGAGCUGGAAGGCUUAACCAAGCUGCGGAGUGUUAUUUUGUCUUUUAAUAGGUUCAAGUCAUUCCCAGAAGUGCUGUACCACAUCUCAUCCCUUGAGACCAUUUUAAUCAGUAACAAUCAAGUUGGAGGCAUUGAUCCAGUCCAAAUGAAGACCCUAAAUAAUCUAUCUACUCUGGAUCUGUCCAACAAUGAUAUAAUGCAAGUGCCACCAGAACUUGGCAACUGUACCAGUCUGAGGGCUCUAAUGCUUGAUGGGAAUCCUUUCCGUAAUCCAAGAGCUGCCAUCCUCAGUAAAGGAACAGAUGCUGUCCUUGAGUAUCUCCGAAGUCGUAUUCCAACAUAAUCUUCACGUUUAAUGUAACUUCAACCAUCAUUGAUAAAAAAUCAGUUCUUGUGCCAUAACACUUUAUUUGCACUCCCUGACAGUAUAAAACAACAAGACACAAUAAUAAAUCAUCUCCUGCCACUUUUUAAUUCAUAUUACCUGUCACUCUACCCUUAAAAAUGGCAUUGCUUCGGCAUGCGUUGUAAUGAAUUUAAGACUUUGUCAACCAAAUGAACCAACAAAUGUUGUUCGUGUUGAAGUUUUACAUUUUAUAAUUGCUUUUCAGUGUGAAUGUUUAUAUUUUCCAAUAUAAUGAAAGCACUAGUAAUAAAUUGUGAAAAUAAAGCCUUUUUUAUCGUCUAUAAAGGACCACAGAAUGAC